CUGCCUUCGACAUUGCUCUCAUCCAUCUCAUCGAUAUCGACGUUGAAAGAACUUAACAUAAAUGGCUGGAGACAAGGAAACGCUGCUGAGCAUGGGCUUUGACCCUGCCCGUGUCGAAUGGGCGUUGAAGGCGACUGGUAAUCGAGGGCUUCAGCCUGCAAUGGAUCACAUCUUGGAAAAUGAAGGAAAGCCUGUCCCAGAGUUGGGUGAUGUGAAGGAGUCCACAGGUGGCAGCAGUAACGCGAUGGAUGUGGACGAAGAUGAAGAGGAUCGCGAGGCGUUGGAGAGCCUCGGAGUGGCGAAGUUUGCGAAUGUAGAAGCAAAGAGCAUCAAGUGCUCGGAAUGUGGAAAAAUCUUCAAGAACACUGCUCUCGCCAACUACCAUGCAGAGAAGAGCGGCCACGAUCAAUUCGAGGAGUCCACAGAGGAGAUCAAACCUUUGACCGAGGAGGAGAAGAAGCAAAAGUUGGAGGAACUGAGAGCUAAGAUGGCGGAGAAACGGGCCAAGAGGGCAGCAGAAGAGGCGAAAGAGGCAAAGGCAAAUGAACUCAUUCGAAGGAAACAGGGAAAGGAUCUUAACAAGAUUAAAGAAGAGCUCAAGGUGAAGGAGGCCUUGAAAGAGGCUGAAGCGAAGAAACGAGAGAAGAUUGAGGAGGCGAAGGCGCGAGCGGCAGUCAAAGCCCAGAUCGAAGCAGACAAGAAGGCUCGAGCUGAGAAAGCGGCCAGAGAGAAAGCUCUUCGCGAAGGGAGACCUAUCGUCGAUGCCCCAGGACCUUCGAACCCUUCUCCUGCUGCUAUCGCCGCUGCCACUACCGGUCCGAGCUCUGAGCGGAAGGAGACUCGCCUUCAGAUUCGAAUGUCCACUGGCGGUCCUCCUUUGACCACAACCCUUCCUUCCGAAUCCCCUUUGCGCGAAUUGGCUGAGUUUGUUGCAGCUCAAUCCCCGGACAUCGACGUGGACUCCGUGAAAUUCACCCAAGCAUUCCCAAGGAAAACGUUUGGCCUAUCUGACUUCUCCAAGACCCUCAAAGAACUCGGUCUCGUCCCUUCUGCGGCCUUGGUAGCGACACCAUGAAUGAUCAAUGAAACGGAAGACUGUGUAAUGAAAUGUGUAUCAUACCCGUGCAACUGCUCGGUUAGAUGAGUUCUGUCUAUCCCACCAGUUGCUGAUUC